GGAAAAUCCCCCAGCAUGCAUCGCUUCUCAAACUGUCAGAUAUACUUUCUUCACGUGUUUUAGCGCCGGAGGCAGCCAAGUGAAACAUUAAAGGUGGUCUAAGUUGCCAUCAUGCCACAGGCUGCUCUUGGCUUGCUGCUGAUGUUUGUGUACUCGGGUUCCUCGUUGGGAGCACAGCUGCCACAUUUGAAGCCACCUGACAUCCCCGGCUCUCGCCCCUUCCCUUGGGACCAGAUGAGACUCCCCAAAACCGUCUUCCCCGUCCACUAUAUGCUGACCAUCCACCCCAACUUAACCACCUUGAACUUCAAGGGCAUCGUUCGCAUCCAGCUGGACGUACGCGAGGACACCACAGCCAUCGUCCUUCACGCCAAGCAGUUGAAGACCUUCAAUGUGAAGCUUAGGACGCCUGAGGGUGUGGGGGAUCUGCAAGUUCUGGAAAAUCCUUAUCAUCAGCAACUAGCCUUGGUCUCAGACGAGGUGUUGACCAAAGGGAAGGACUACGAGGUCGAGUUGGAGUUUUCUGCCGAGCUCUCUGACAGCUACCAUGGGUUUUAUAGGAGCAGCUACCGCACAAGCAGCGGGGAAGUCCGGAUGCUGGCGUCCACGCAGUUUGAAGCAACGUUUGCCCGAACCGCCUUCCCUUGCUUCGACGAGCCCGCCUUCAAGGCCAACUUCACCAUCUCUGUCAUACGAGAGCCUCGACACAUCGCCAUAUCCAACAUGCCUAAGACAAAAACGCUAGCGUUGCCUGGAGAUGUGCUGGAGGAUCGCUUUGGCACCACGGUGAAGAUGAGCACGUACUUGGUGGCCUUCAUCGUGUCUGACUUCCAGUCCGUGAGCAAGUACACCCAGCAAGGCGUCAAGAUUUCCGUCUACGCCGUGCCUGAAAAAGUCAACCAGACAGGUUUCGCACUGGAUGUUGCUGUCAGGCUGCUGGAUUUCUACGACAACUACUUCAAUAUUGCCUACCCGCUGCCCAAACAGGACCUGGCUGCCAUCCCUGACUUCCAAUCGGGAGCUAUGGAGAACUGGGGUCUGACCACCUACCGAGAAGGAGCCCUUCUCUACGACCCCGACCAGUCGUCCGUCUCAGACAAAGUGCACAUCACUAAGAUCAUCGCUCAUGAGCUCGCACACCAGUGGUUUGGCAACUUGGUGACGAUGGAGUGGUGGAGUGACUUGUGGCUCAACGAGGGCUUUGCCAAGUUCAUGGAGUUUAUUUCUCUCGACAUCGUCUACCCUGAGCUACAGACGGACGACAUGUUCUUGAUGAAGUGUUUCCAUGCCAUGGAGGUUGACAGUCUGGCCUCGUCUCACCCCAUCUCCACCCCAGUGGAAAACCCCACCGAGAUCCAAGAAAUGUUUGACAACGUGUCUUAUGACAAGGGAGCGUGCAUUCUGAAUAUGAUACAAGUCUUCCUGACGCCCGAGGCUUUCGAGGUGGGGAUUAUCCGCUACCUGAAACGAUACAGCUACCGGAACACCGUCAACAGCCACUUGUGGGAGAGCCUGACAGAUAUUUGCAAUGGGGAUGAUUUGCAAGAAGCCCCGCCUAAACAAAAGGAAUUCUGCUCCAAACGCGACCUCGAAUCUGGAAAAUCAUAUGAUGACAAUUUGAAUGUCAAGACCAUCAUGGACACAUGGACGCUACAGCAGGGCUUCCCGCUGGUCAGUGUGGAGGUCAAAAACCGCGGGGUUUGGCUAACCCAGGAGCGUUACCUGAAGAGCGGGGACGCUGCCUACACUGAACGCAGAUUUGUUUGGUGGAUCCCUCUGACCUACAAGACUAGUGUUUCCAACACAACACAGCAUCACCUGAUGAAGUCAGAGGCGGACAUCCUGCGCCUGCCAGAUGAGGUCGAGUGGCUGAAGUUCAACGUGGACAUGAGCGGCUACUACAUUGUCCACUAUGCCAAUAAAGGUUGGCGCGCCAUCAUUAAACUGCUGCAAGACAACCACAAUGCGCUGAGCGGCAAAGACAGAGCCAGCCUCAUACACGACGUCUUCCGGCUUGCCAGCAUAGGGAAAGUGGACCUGGCGACAGCUCUGGACUUGUCCACGUAUCUUUCCAAAGAGACUGACAUCAUGGCCGUGAGUCAGGGCCUCGGAGAACUCUUACCUAUCUACAAGCUGAUAGAGAAGAGAGAAAUCACUCAAUUGGAGAUAAGCAUGAAGCGUUACAUUCUGGACCUGUUCAAGGGUUUGAUCAGCCAACAGAAGUGGGACGACUCAGGUUCCGUGUCUGAGCGAAUGCUGCGCAGCCACCUGCUGCUGUUUGCCUGCGUCAGGAACUUCACUCCGUGCGUGACCAAAGCCCAGCAGCUGUUCGACAUGUGGAAAGACUCCGACGGCGACAUGAGCCUCCCCGUUGACGUCAUCAUGGCCGUGUACGUCGUCGGGGCUCAAACAUCGGAAGGGUGGGACUUCCUGUUGGAGAAGUAUCGACGGUCUUUGCAAAUAUCCGUGAAAACACACAUCAAGGCUGCCUUGACGUUCACCCCGCUGCGUGACAAGCUCAAAUGGAUGUUGGAGCAGUCUCUUCUUGGCGAGGUGAUGGAAACUCAUGACCUCCCAGAGGUGAUUUUUUAUGUCAGCAGGAACCCCAUCGGCCACAAACUCGCCUGGGACUUCAUCCGCGCGAACUGGCAGACCUUGAUCGAAAAGUUUGAACUUGGCUCCUCCUCCAUAGCGCACAUGGUGACAGGGGUGACCAGCCAUUACUCCACAUCAGCAAUGCUCGAGUCGGUGCAGAAUUUUUUUGGUUCUUUAACGGAGGAGACGGGCUCAGAGAUGAGGUGUAUCCAGCAGGCUUACGACACCAUCCAAGACAACAUCAACUGGGCCAAUAACAACUUCCCCAAACUGCAGUCCUGGCUGAGCAAACAGCACCAUGUUCGAAAUAAACCUAAACCUAAACCUAAACCAACCAACCCACAUCUGCAUGUGGACUUGUAGCGGACACAAAAGGGAUUUCAUUUUUUUUACAUAAAUUCCCCAAAAUUGUGUGCUGGGGAAGGCUGGUGGUCCAGUAUUUGAGAGAACAAUCCAAAGUUGACUGCAGUCAUGUAAACAUAAACAAACACACGAGUCGCAAAUUUGAGGACUUGAGGCUUGCUUGACCAACUCUGAUAAAAGAGUGGACUUGGUUUUUGUGACUUGAGACUUGACUUGGACUUCGGGGUAGGGUUGGGCGAUUAAACGAUAUCAAUAUAAAUCGUGAUAGACACGUAAUCGAUAUCAAUGCAAUACAAAACGUAAACAUUUUUUUUUCUUCUUCGUCGGAAGAAACCAGAAGUUGCAAAGGAACUCGCUCUCUGGUAACCAAGCAACACAUGAAGUGAUCACUCAUCAGUGGGAGUGACAAGCUAACAACCAAUUAGGUAACGGUAUCAACUAUAAUGUUUGGUUGCGCCAUUUUACACUGAAUUAGUAAUCUUACUCUUGAUUUUAAUUGUAUUAAAUAAUUAUAUGUAACCUUUCUACAGUUUAAUAGACUAAAACUUGUCAAACGACAUGAAAGCAUUCGUCAAUCACAAAGAUUAUUAUUUUUUUAACACAUAAACCUUAGGCUUAGGUCAGGCUGAUUAGAAAAACAGGUACUUACGAAAUAUACCGCAUAAGAAAGGGAAUCAUAAAUAACUGAUGAAAAAUACAAUUAUGUUGUGAUAAAAUAAACUAUAUGAAUGAUAAUUAAUAUGUUUCUUAAUUAAACUGCUAAAAAAUUACAGCUUCACCACUUUAGUCAUAUUUUUUUGCGCUUAAAAUACUUCUCUAUGACUGUAGCUCCAUUUUUUCCCCCGUUUGUUUGGGAUUGUCAUUACUGCCACAAGUGGUGGGAAAGGGUAUUGCAACUGAGUAUUACCGUGGCCCAUACGGACCACAGCCGAGAAACAGAUAUUUUUUGGCGGCCCAACAAUGGGCCCCUGUCCCUAUGGUUAAGAAACACUGCUUUAGAGCACAGCCGUAGCUUCUUGGCUCUAAUCCUGCAGAAAAUAUUUCUUCUCAGCUAUCUCUGUUUACGUUUUCACACUUUGCACUAUUUUGUUCCACUUUAUUAAGCAUUUAUUACGUAUUCCUUAUUUUUGCAGCUUUAAUUUAAGAGCUUAUUUUUACGUUUUUAAUGUGAUUUUAGAAUUUUGUUGACAUUGAGUGUUUCCCAUGCUUCCUUUCUGCCUUGAUAGCUGAGGGAGAUUAUUUAACAAUGACUUUUUUACUUAAAUAUUUGCAUUUUUCCAAAUAUAUAUUUUUUUGCUAAACUAUCUGUAACAGCUUCUUGCAGAUGUUGAAGGACGCCAGCCUUCUGAGGAAGAUGGCUCUGACCAUUCCCGCACAGAAGAGUUUGUGUUGGCAGUCCAGUCCAGUUUAUCCCCCAAUCUCUGGUAUUUGUAAGUGUGACCCACCUCCACCCAGUCAACCUUAAUGUUCUGGGUGCGUCCUGGUUCUCCUCAACGCCACCAUUUCCCUGGUCUUGGUGGUGUUGAGGAACAGGUGGUUCGAGUCCAUUGACCUUGGAAGUUGGAAGUGGGAGUUUGGAAUGACGUCAUAGUUGAGAUAUGAGCGAUUCUGGUCGGUAAUCAAGAUGGCCACAUCUAUGAAAAUCAUUGAUGUGGCCGUCUCCGUUUUUGCGCUUGCCUUGUCCGAAUAUAAAUAACUUCUGGGGGGUAAAUGCACUCUUUCUGCAACCUUCAAACACUGUGGAUGAAGAGAAAAUACAAACGCUAUUUCUAGCGAUGUAGAAUGUUUGUGUAUGUAUAUAUAUAUAUAUAUAUAUAUAUAUAUAUAUAUAUAUAUAUAUAUAUAUUUCAUGACACACUUUAGUAACGUUACCAUAUAUAAACGUUCAACAAUACAUUGUAUAUGGCUGAUUUAGUGCGGCACCAUUUCCCUGGUCUUGGUGGUGUUGAGGAACAGGUGGUUCGAGUCCAUUGACCUUGGAAGUUGGAAGUGGGAGUUUGGAAUGGCGUCAUAGUUGAGAUAUGAGCGUUCCAGGUCGAUAAUCAAGAUGGCCACAUCUAUGAAAAUCAUUGAUGUGGCCGUCUCUGUUUUUGCGCUUGCAUUGUCCGAAUAUAAACAACUUCUGGGUGGAAAAUGCACUCUUUCUGCAACCUUCAAACACUGGAUGAAGAGAAAAUACAAACGCUAUUUCUAGCGAUGUAGAAUGUUUGUGUAUAUAUAUAUAUAUAUAUAUAUAUAUAUAUAUAUAUAUAUAUAUGAGGUGGCGACUUGUCCAGGGUGUACCCCGCCUUCCGCCCGAUUGUAGCUGAGAUAGGCUCCAGCGCCCCCGCGACCCCAAAGGGAAUAAGCGGUAGAAAAUGGAUGGAUGGAUGGAUAUAUAUAUAUAUAUAUAUAUAUUACAUGACACACUUUAGUAACGUUGCCAUAUAUAAACGUCCAACAAUACAUCGUAUAUGGCUGAUUUAGUGCGGCAAAAACUAAUCAGAGGUGCUAAUAACGGAUAUUAUAAAAGCUUACUUUAUUGUUUACAUUCUGGGCAGCCAUCUUUGAAGCUUACCUCGGUAGUGGUGAAAAUGCUUUGACUUUUCCGAUUAGUAAGCAGUAAACGUGUCUUUAGCUAACUUAUUGUCAUGUCCGACGUUAUCAAGAAGCUUAACGUUUGCUUUUUGAAUGGUAAUGUAGCUUUUUAAACUAACAUGAAGCUAAUGUCAAUGUGAUGUUAUAUGAAGUAAUACACCGUUUUUUUAUGAUAACUAGUCUAGAUAACCAAGUGUUUUCAUCACGGCAGACAUUGCUUUAUUAUUAAUUACAUAAAGGUAAUAAAAAAAACCUGGUCUGAAAUGAUUUCCCAGUCUAUUGUUGAUCUAUAAAAUAAUAAAAGUAUACAUUCAAAUUUAACAUGAAGAAAACCCUCUUAGCAAAUCUCUCAAUUUAGACUUGAAGUAACACAACCAAAGUUACGGCCAAAAAUAGAGCAACAAUUUAUCCAAAAAUGUCUCCAAUAUUCUUGUUAUAAUUUUUAGUCUAAAAAUAUAACUAUAAGUUAAAAUGUUUUUUUUUGUUUUUUCAAUGUGUCAAUGCGAGCAUUUUAAUUUGACUUGCUAUAAGUACGACUCGACUUGUGACUUGCUUGUUUCUUACCAAAGUGACUUAGGACUAGCUUGAGACAUAAGGGUUAUGGGAUGGCACUAGCUUGAGACUUAAGGGUUAUGGGAUGACACUAGCUUGAGACUUAAGGGUUAUGGGAUGACACUAGCUUGAGAAGUUAGGGUUAUGAUAUGGCACUGCUUGAGAAGUUAGGGUUAUGAGAUAGCACUAGCUUGAGAAGUUAGGGUUAUGGGAUGGCACUUGCUUGAGAAGUUAGGGUUAUGGGAUGGGACUAGCUUGAGAAGUUAAGGUUAUGAGAUGGCACUAGCUUGAGAAGUUAGGGUUAUGAGAUGGCACUAACUUGAGAACUUAAGUUUAUGAGACGACACUAGCUUGAAACCUUAAAAGUAUGGACUUGAGACUUUAAGAUUAUGAGAUACCACUAGCUUGAGGACUUUAGGGAAGGACUUGAGACUUUUAGGUUACAAGAUGACACUAUCUUGAGAAUUUAAGAUUAUGAGAUGGCACUAGCUUGAGACUUUAAAGUAAGGACAGGAGACUUUAAGGUUACGAGAUGACGCUAUCGUGAGAAUUUAAGACUAUGCAAUGGCACUGGCUUUAGAUUUAAAGGGUAUGAGAUGGUACUAGCUUGAUAACUUAAUAUAAUAAGAUCGCUCUAGCUUGAGAACUUAAGGUUAUGAGAUGGCACUAGCUUGAGAACUUAAGGUACUGAGCUGGCGCUAUCUUAAAACCUUUAAGUAAGGACUUGAGACUUUAAGGUUAUGAGGUAGCACUAGCUUGAGAACUUAAAUGUUAUGAGAUAUCACUACAUUGAGACUUUAAGAUUAUGAGAUAGCACUAUCUUGAGACUUUAAGAUUAUGAGAUGGCACUAGCUUGAGACUUUAAGAUUAUGAGAUAGCACCAGUUUGAGACAUUAAAGUAAGGACUUGAAAACGUAAGGUUAUGACAUGAUAAUAGUGUGAGACUAAGGUUAUGAAAUUACACUAGCUUGAAACCUUAAAAGUAAAGACUUGAGACUUUAAGAUUAUGAGAUGACAUUAGCUUGAUACCUUAAAGUAAUGAUUUGAGACUUCAAGGUUAUAAGAUGGCAUUAGCUUGAGACUUCAAGGUUACAAGAUGGCACUAGCUCCAGAAUUUAAGGUAAUGAGAUGGCACUAGCUUGAGACUUUAAGGUUAUGAGAUAGCACAAGCUUGAAACUAAGGUUAUGAGAUGGCACUAUCUUGAGACUUUAAGAGUAUGAUAUGGUACUAGCUUGAGGUUUUAAGAUUAUGAAAUGGCACUAGUUUGAGACCUUAAAGUAAGGAUGUGAGACUUUAAGGUUGUGAGAUGGCACUAGUUUGAGAAGAUUAGAUAAGGACGUGAGACUUUAAGGUUAUAAGAUGACACUAGCUUGAGACCUUAAAGUAAUGAUUUGAGACAUUAAGGUUAUGAAAUGGCACUAUCUUGAGACUUUAAGAUUAUGAGACGGCACUAGUUUGAGAAUUCAAGGUUAUUAUAUGGCACUAUCUUGAAACUUUAAGGUUAUGAGAUGGAUCUUGACACCUUGGGAUUAUGAGAUGGCACUAUUUUGAGAUUUUAAGAUUAGGAAAUGGCAUCUUGAGACUUUAAGGUUAUGAGAUGUCACUAUCUUGAGACUUUAAGGUUAUUAUAUGGCACUAUCUUGAGACUUUAAUGUUAUGAGGUGGCACUAUCUCGAGACUAAGGUUAUUAGAUAGCACUAGCUUGAAACUUUCAUGUUAUUAUAUGGCACUAUCUUGAAACUUUAAGGUUAUUAGAUGGCACUAUCUUGAGAGUUUAAGAUUAUGAGAUGGCACUAGCAUAAAACUUUAAGGUUGUUAGAUGGCACUACCUUGAGACUUUAAGAUUAUGAGAUGGCACUAGCAUGACACUCUAAGGUUAUUAGAUGGCACCAUCUUGAGACUUUAAGAUUAUGAGUCGGCACUAGUUUGACACUUUGGGAUUAUGAAAUGGCAUUAUUUUGAGAUUUUAAGAUUAGGAAAUGGUAUCUUGAGACUUUAAGGUUAUGAGAUGUCACUAUCUUGAGACUUUAAGGUUAUUGUAUGGCACUAGUUUGAGACUUUAAAGUUAUGAGGUGGCACUAUCUUGAGACUUUAAGAUUAUGAGAUGUCACUAUCUUGAGACUUUAAGGUUAUUGUAUGGCACUAGCUUGAGACUUUAAAGUUAUGAGGUGGCACUAUCUUGAGACUUUGUGUGUGAAUGUGUGUGUGUGAAUGGGUGAAUGUGGAAAUAGUGUCAAAGCGCUUUGAGUUCCUUAAAAAAGGUAGAAAAGCGCUAUACAAGUACAACCCAUUUACCAUUUAAGAUUAUGAGAUGGCACUAGCAUGAGAGUUAAAGGUUAUCAGAUGGCUCUAUUUUGAGACUUUAAGACUAUGAGAUGGCAUUAUCUUGAGACUUUAAGAUUAUGAGAUUGCACUAGUUUGAGACUUUAAAGUUAUUAUAUGGCACUAUCUUAAGACUUUAAGAUUAUGAGAUGGCACUAGCAUGAGACUUUAAGGUUAUAAAAUGGCACUAUCUUGAGACUUUCAGAUUAUGAGACAGCACUAGAUUGAGACUUUAAGGUUAUUAAAUGGCACUAGCUUGAGACUUUAAGUUUAUUAGAUGGCACUAGCUGUAGAGUUUAAGGUACUUAAAGCACACCUCUGCUUUAAGCAGUCCGAUUGUAAAAUGGUUUUGUCUGUAGCUAUUGUUUUGUACUUUAAAAUGCUGUAGCCAAGUACAGCUUUGUCACAGUAAAUAUUACAUAAUCAAACCAACAAUUUAACUACGGAGAUUUAAAUAUUUAUUUUAUAUUUAUAAUGUCAUAUUCAUAAAGUGUCGGUUGGUUGGUUGAAAUGUAUUUGGAACAUGUAUACAGUAUCAAUGUGAUACAUCACAUAUUUGACAUCUUUUUUUUACAUGUCCAAAAACUAAAUUUACAUCAUGUGUUCUAAAUGCAUCAGUUCUUCUCAUAAGUAGUUCAAUCAGUUAUGGAUAACAUUUCAUUUUCAAUAAAUUCAUCACAGUUAAAUUCUUCAACUGGAAUCCUUUGCUCUAGUUUGGUUCCAAUAUUUACAAAGUAAUAAUUAAAGUCUUCCGCUACUUCGUU